GGCGGGACGCCGCGGGGGCGAGACGCGGUGGGAUGUGGGCGCGCGCCGUGCUGGCCUGCGCGGCGGUGUGCGCUUGCGCGCGCGCCUGGCCCGGCGGUACCGUGUGCGCGCGGCGGGUGGCGGGCGCGGGUGGCGCGCGCUACGUGGCCUUCCUGAGCGGCGGCGGCCCGGCCGCGCUGGUGGAGAGCACCUGGGCCGGGGGCGACCGCCUCCGCGCGUGCUGGGCCCGCCGCGACCCGCGCCUGGCCCGCGCCUUCCGCGCCGCCUGCGCGCGCCGCCCGCCCGCCGCCCCCGGCGCCCCGCUGCGGCGGGACCUGGCCGCGCUCUGGCGGCGCCGCGCUGCUUGCACCGACCCCGCGGCGCCGGGAGGGAGCACACCCCGCCGCCGCCGCCGGCGGGGCUGGACGCUACCGGGCACACUGUGGUGCGGAGCCGGUGAUUCGGCGGGCAACACCAGCGAGCUGGGUCUCUUCCGCGGCCCCGACGGCUGCUGCCGGGAGCACGACCAGUGUUCGGCGCAGAUCGCGGCGCUGCAGUUCAACUACGGCAUCCGCAACUACCGCCUGCACACCGUCUCCCACUGCGACUGCGACGCUAGGUUCCGGCAGUGCCUGCUGGCCCUCAACGACACCAUCUCCAACAUCAUCGGCGUCACCUUUUUCAACCUGCUGGAGGUGCCGUGCUUCGUGCUGGAGGAGAGCGAGGAGUGCGUCCAGUGGCAGUGGUGGGGAGGGUGUGAGCGUUACGGUGUAGUACCCCUGGCCAGGAUGGUGCAGCAGAGUCAGUACCACUACAGCUUGCCUGCAGAGGAGGUGGGCAGCCCUGCUGUGCGGCCCCCGGGCAGGGGAAGGAAGUCCUCUAGAGCAGGGCGCAAGCGGCUCCGACAGAGACUGGGGCAAAACCCCACGCUCCGCCAGGCAUGGAGACCUGUGACAGCCCAGCAGCCGCGGGGCCCAGGUACCUUGUCCCCUGUGUCCACCAGGGACAAGGCUGAGCCCACAACCAGGCACCCGACAGCGCAGUGGAGGCUGGACCCCAGCCCCCCAACAGCAAUGACCAUGUUGGAACAGGACCUUGCUGGAGGAAGGCGAGCGCUGGGAGGAGGGCAGCAGGUGGCCGGGGGCUCGGCAUACCCUGCCUGCAAGGCUCACCCUGAAGAUGGCAGCAUCGGAUCCAGCCCGGCUGCGGAGCGGUGCGGAGCCACCCCGGUGCCUGCUGUGGGGAGGCGCGGGCAGCAGGGCCGGGGCAGGGCGUGCAGGUGCUACAAACACCUGGAUAAAUGCGAGCACCGGAUUGCACCCCAUGAGGUGAAGUACCAGCUGCACAAUGUGGACACCCGGACGCUCUUCCACUGCAACUGCACUCGCAGGCUGGCGCGGUUCCUGCGCAGAGCGAAGGACCUCGAUGACACGGAGGUGGCUGCCCUGGCCAACCACAUUGCCACGGGCUGCUUUGUUCUGGAGCCACCCACUGACUGCAGCCUGGGAGAGGGGCCACAGCACAACUGUAGCAUAGUGACUCGGGCUGUGCUAGUGCCUGCACAGCAUCUCAGAAAGACCCUGAGGCGCUGGGGUCCUCUGCAUGUGACCUCCAAGGCUGAGCAUCCAGACUGGAAGACACAGGACAAUGGCAGCACCCUCUAUGAGCGAUGCCUGCAGCUGGCCUUGGAGCAGAAGCUGGGCACCCAGCACCACACAGUGCCCCGAUGAUGCCUGAGAAGCACUACCUUGUAUGGGGAUGAAGAUGUGCUCUGUAGCAGCAACAGAGUGGAGCUGCUUGAUUUCUGGUCCUUGAGCCAAAGGAUGGUACCGAGCAUGGCUGCUGGCGUGACUGCAUGGAGCUGGUGGGGGCCACAGUUGGAGCAGGGGCAGGCAGAGGGACUGAGAAGCCUCUCAAGGAGCUGUGGCUGCAGUGGCAUAGCUGUGGCUGCCAUUUGUGAGCUACAAAGCAAGGGGAAAGGAAUAGGAGGGCUUGGGAAAGGGGAAUCCCACCAUCUUCCUUCCCCAUUGUGCCCUAGGGCAGGAGAGGGGUGUGCUCUGGGCACUGGCUCCCCCAGCCAGGUGGCCUGAGCAGUGUGGUGUGAUCCCAGCCCUCUUCCCCAGGCAGGGUGGGCUGAGGUCUGUGCUGAUUCUGAACACUGGAACAAAGUGGGAGGGGGGAAACAACAGCCAAGGGCAGGGAGCCAGGACCCUGCCCUGGGGAGGGACCAGUCCCUGUGUGCUGCAGAAGAUAAAUAAAGGGUGAUUUGAGUGUG